AUGAGCACUUAUUCACGCCGUGGUCAGCCCUCUGCGUCCGCGGUCAAGAGGCACGGACAACUCUCCCGUCGCGCUGGCCAUGGUCGUCGUGCGAGCGGAGACGGUUGGGUCUCUUCAGGAUGCUACACCGACAAUCUCGCUCGGCGAACGCUCCCCGCCUUCAAGGUAGCCUCGGGAACCAUGACAAACGACGCCUGCAAAGCAAUCUGCGAUGAACAUGGAUAUGCAAUCGCAGCUACCGAAUGGAGCGAGGAGUGUUUCUGCGACGACGAGUUCCACAAUGGCGGCGUCAAAACUGCAGACGGAGAAUGCGAUAUGAUGUGCACUGGCGCACCAACUGAAGUCUGCGGCGGUGGCCUGCGACUGACUGUAUGGACCAAGCAAGCAUCCGUACUCGAGAGCUACGGCAACUGGAACUCUCAAGGCUGCUUCGUGGACAGUGUCAACGCUCGUAUCGUCCCGAAUCCAGUCGCUGUCGAAGGAACGUUUACCCCUCAGAAAUGCAUGGACUCGUGUGCCGCCCAGGGCUAUGAAUACGCCGGUCUAGAGUUCAGUCAUGAAUGCUUUUGCGCGAAUGGGAUCAACACGGCAAAUCUUCAACAGGUUGAUAUUGGCGAAUGCAACUCACACUGCGACGGCGAUGCAGCUCACUAUUGUGGUGCCGGAAACAGGCUCAAUCUCUACAAGCGUACGACGUCAACUUCGGUCACGCAAGGUAUCGAUGGAUGGACGUACGAUAAUUGCUACGGUGACGAGGUUGCGAACCGUGCUCUGGGACUACGCGCAUAUGUCGAUGGCGGGAUGACUCCAGCCAAGUGUACCGCAAAGUGCUUCUCGCUCGGAUACAACUACGCAGGCGUCGAGUACUCUGAUGAAUGCUAUUGCGCUAAUUCAAUUGGAUCUUCUGGAACUCUAAAGACGGACGGAUGUACGAUGUCUUGUUCCGGUGAUAGGAACGCAAUAUGUGGUGGUAGCAAUCGACUUACCGUCUACAAAUACAUUGGUGGCGAGCUGCCUGGACCGGCUUCUGUCCUCGAGACUUAUGGAGAUUGGAAUAGCGCCGGAUGUUAUGUUGAUUCGGUGCAAGCCCGUGUGCUCACCCCCAACGCCAAUGCCCAAAGGCCUAUGACAGUGCAAAACUGCAUCGACGCUUGUGCAGCUGCUGGAUACACAGUUGCUGGGCUCGAGUACGCUGACGAGUGCUACUGUGGUCUCGAUUUGCCGUCCGUGUCAGCUUCCGACAAUUGCAUCAUGAAAUGCGAGGGAGAUGCAGCCCACCUGUGCGGAGGGCCAAACAGACUCAAUGUUUACCAACGCGCAUCUUCCACGGCCACAGCGACAGACUCGUCGACUUCCACGUCCGCCACCGACACGACGACGAGCACCAGCACUCAGACCAAUCUUCCAGGUGCCACUCAGUCAUCAUUGGCUAAUCCCUAUGCCCCAUGGGUGUAUAAUAACUGCAAGGACUCGCUAUCCUAUCAGCCUGGGUAUCAGUUCACUAUGAACCCUGUCAAUACAGCGGCAACGGUUCAAACUUGCCUGACGGCAUGUCAAAAUUAUGGAUUGUCGGUGGCACAAAUUGGUUGGGGUUAUUACUGCACAUGCGGUACGCUUCUAGGUGGACGAGAAGACCUGAUUUGCAACACUCCUUGUCGUGGCAACGCCAAUGAGAUGUGCGGAGGUACAUCUGGAGGGUAUGCAACAUACACACUCCCAAGCGACCAGACGCCUCUGGUCAUGCCUACCUCUGAUGCGUCAUGGCUCGACGAAGGCUGCUACAGUGCCGGUGGUGUUUACACUCAAGUUCUCACGGAAAUCACCGAUGCGUACAGAAUGUCGCCCGAUCGAUGCACUGCUGCAUGCCAGGCCAUCAAUAUGCCUGUCGCAGUCAUCUCUUCCACUACACAAACGUUUGGUAGCUCGAUCCAGGAACGUCAGCUCUGUGGAUGCGGUAAUGUUCUUCCAACUACCAGAGCAACUGCAGACAAGUGCAACAAGUCGUGCACUGCAGCCGGUUCACAAUCCCAGACAUGUGGUAGCGACUUUCACUACAACGUAUAUCGAUAUGCCGGAACCAGUGCGGCCUCGACGUCCACGGAAACGUCAACGUCGGCUACCACAGAAUCAUCCAGCACGGCAACUGCUACGGACUCCUCCUCUACAACAGCCACUCAGACUGGUACGGAUGUCGCAGGCGCUACCCAAACGGGCGCGAUUAACCCCUAUGAUCCUUGGAUUGAGUAUGGCUGCUAUUACCCUCUGAGUGGUAGUAUCGAGGAUGAAUUCAUCAUGAACUUUGCAGCACCCCGAAUCCAAACAUGCCUUGGGCACUGCGGCUCUAUCGGCUUGAGUAUAGCACUCCUCAGCGAGGGAAACCUUUGCCGCUGUACGGCGCUCAUGCCCGCCGCACAGGCGACGGUGUGUGAUAUGCCUUGCUUGGCUGAGGAUAAUGAGAUUUGUGGUGGUGCAGGCGGCCAAGCAAGCGUCUUCUACUUACGUAAAGACAAAGCGCUCGAAAUGCCCCCGGCCAAUUCUGGGGCUCAAUGGUCUUCUGCGGGUUGUUACAGGUCCUCUGGAGAGUAUCAAUCUGGUUUUGGCAACGACUUCAGCAAUUCCGCCUCGAUGACACCCGCGAAAUGCACUCAGGCAUGUCAAGCCAUGAAUGCACCAGUCGCGGUUCUUUCCUCUCGUACAACGCAGUUCCUCUUUACCACAACGGAGAAUCAGAUUUGCGGAUGCGGUCACGACUUGCCGGACCAGAAAUGGGAUGAUGACUCUUGCAACAAGCCUUGUACAGGAGAUAAUAACCAGAAUUGCGGGGGUGACGGCUUUCUUUCCGUCUGGCAAUUGACGAUUCCUUCAACGUCCACAAGCACGCAGGCCUCGAUACCGACGUACACUGCAGAUUGA